AUGCGUCAGGCAAGUUUAGAUGAAUCUGAUGGUGAAGAUGAUACAAGUAUUACAGAAAAAUUACGUCGUGCAUCAUCACAAUCACCAGCAAAUAUUCCGAUGUUAGUUGUUGUUUCAUUUAAUCCUGAUGCAAAAGGUUUACAAAAAAAACAAAUUGAAAUUCAACGAGGUUUUCCUGUUAAUGCUCAAUAUAUUUUAAAUGAAUGGUUAUUUAUAAAAACAGCUGAUGAUGAAGAAGGUUUUGUACCAUAUUUAUGUUGUCGUCCAAUGUUUCGUCGUCAAUUAACAAAAUGUUCGAAUAAUAAUAAUAAUAAUAUGGAAAAUUCUUAUAAACCUUAUGAUUUUGAAUUAAAUAAAUCUAAUCGAAUAAAAUCUCCACCAAUCAAUCUCGUAACAUUAACACCACCAACAAAUAAAAAAACUUCUUUAUCAGCACAUCUUUGUUCACCAACAUAUUUAUUUCAAAAAUCCUCACCGUGUAGAAAACGUCCAGAUGUUGCAUCAUCAUCAUGUGGUGGUGAUUCAGGUGUUUCAGAUUGUGAAUCUUCAUCAAAUCAUAAUCCAACAUUAGAUUCAUCAACAACACUUACAGCACGUUUAUCCAAUAUACGAUCAUUACGUUUAUCAUCUAUUACAUUGAAAAAAACAGGUCUUAUUGUACAAGAUAUUCCAUUAAAAAAAUCAUUUAAACCUAAUUUAAUGAAAUCACAAUUGUCAAUAUCAAGUAAUAGUGCAUUUACACAAAUUGUUAAGAAAAAACAACGACAGGAAAGGUAA